UGAUAGACAAAAUGUCAAUAGAAUAAGUGACCUGCCCACCAGAACUUGCCAUGAACCAUUUGGUUGGACCACCGGAGGGGGAGGUAAGUGAAGAGCCAGCAAAUGGAGCAGUGAAUGAGUCAGUGGAGGCUGACCUGGAGCACUCAGAGGUGGAAGAGGAGCAGCGGUAUGCAACUCGCUACCCAGAGCAUACAAACAGCAGCCAAGGGGGCCUGUCUGGGCAGGAGGAGGAAGGGAUGUUAGCUCGGUCAGCCAGCACUGAGAGUGGUUUCCACAAUCACACGGAUACUGCGGAAGGGGAUGUGAUAGCCGCUGUGGAGGAUGGUUACGACACAGAGAGAGUUCAGGAAAAUGAGGAUGAGAGCGCAUAUGCGGUGCAGUACAGGCCUGAGUCUGAGGAGUACACGGAGAAUGCUGAGGCUGAGCAUGGCGAGGCCAUUCAUAAUCGAACAUUGCCCAGUCACUUACAUUUCCAUUCCAUCGAACACGAGGAAGCCAUGAAUGCAGCCUACUCGGGCUAUGUCUACACACAUCGCCUCUUUCAUCGUGGAGAGGAUGAACAGUAUGCUGAGCCUUAUGCUGACUACGGACUGCAGGAGCAUGUCUAUGAGGAGAUAGGAGAUACACCAGACCUCGAUGUUAGGGAGGGGAUCCAGCAAUAUGAGCGGGAAAGAGAGGAAGCUGACAAUUACCGCAAGGAGGCACUUGGUGCUCGCCUUCACCAUUACGAUGAACGGUCUGACGGAGAGUCUGACAGCCCUGAGAAGGAGGCAGAGUUUGCACCCUACCCAAGAAUGGAUAGUUACGAACAAGAGGAGGACAUUGAUCAGAUUGUAGCAGAGGUGAAGCAGAGCAUGAGCUCCCAGAGCUUAGACAAGGCAGCUGAAGACAUGCCAGAGGCAGAGCAAAGUUUGGAGCAUGAUCAUACUCUUGCCGGUGGUGGGAAUGAAAGUAAUGGCCAGCUCCCAGCUGGUUCUCGAGUUACAUCCAGCUCGGGAGAAUCUGUACAGAGGUACAGCAAGGAAAAGAGAGAUGCAAUUUCACUGGCCAUCAAGGAUAUUAAAGAGGCUAUUGAGGAAGUGAAGACAAGGACCAUCCGUUCUCCUUAUACCCCUGAUGAACCUAAGGAGCCUAUCUGGGUGAUGAGGCAGGACAUCAGUCCAACCAGAGACUCUGACGACCAGAGGCCACUAGAUGGAGAUGUGAAGUCAAACAACGCCAAAAUUGAGAUGGAGAAUUUUUGGAUGUACCAGGUUGAGUUUCGUAAGAAAAAUUCUCCAUCUCCAGAUUCCUCUUCACCUCGGGGUGCUGAAUCGUCAAGUAGGCAGCAUCACCAGGAUGUCUGCAGUACAGCAGAGGCCUCCACUAAUAAAGAG